CUUUGUAUAUGCAGGCCAGUAUGGCACCUAAGAACGCUGUGUCGGAGUCCGUUACAGUGCUGGACGUGGCAGUCGUGCCAGAGAAGAAUCUGGACACAGAGAAGGAGAAGGAAGAAGAGAUGUCAGACGAGUCGGCCAGUGAGGAUUCUGUAGACCACAUCCCUAAGCGGUUAUGGGUCAUGCAUGGUGCUGUCAUGUUUGGGAGAGAGUUCUGCUACGCCAUGGAAACUGCACUGGUCACACCUGUGUUGCUGCAGCUAGGUCUCCCAGAACAAUACUACAGCUUAACCUGGUUCCUCAGCCCUAUUUUGGGUUUAAUUUUCACACCUCUGAUUGGCUCAGCAAGUGAUAGUUGCACUUUAAAAUGGGGACGGAGGAGACCCUUCAUUUUGGCACUCUGUGUUGGAGUGUUAAUAGGACUGGCCUUAUUUCUUAAUGGAUCCAUCAUAGGUCUGUCUCUGGGUGACAUUUCUAGCAGUCAACUUAUUGGGAUUGUGCUGACCGUGGUUGGUGUGGUGAUUCUGGACUUCUGUCUUGAUGCUUUGGAGGGACCAAUCAGAGCCUACCUCCUGGAUGUGGCUGAUACAGAAGAACAGGAUGUGGCUCUAACUAUCCAUUCUUUCUCAGGAGGACUGGGAGGUGCUUUGGGUUACAUGCUUGGAGGGCUGGACUGGACCGAUACCUUCCUGGGUCAAGCAUUUAAGGCCCAAGAGCAGGUUCUCUUUUUCUUUGCAGCCAUCAUCUUUAUCAUUUCUGCGACGCUUCACCUCUUCAGCAUCAAGGAGCAUGUGUAUAACCCCAACAAGCAGGGUGUACAGAAUGAUGAGGAUGCAGAAAGGCUACCUUCUGUUCAUUCCUGUGGAAGCUUUCCAUCCACUCGCCUCAUGCCUCAUUUAGAACUUAUUCCUGAGGAGGAGCCAUUUACAGCCCAUGAAGAUGAUUGGUCUGAGCGGGAAGCCCAAGCAGACUUUCUAAACAUUGACUUGGUGCGGAGUAAAAGCGACUCGGUUCUAGCCAUGCCAGAUGCUACCAUAGAGCUUGACCCAGACUUGGACUUGGAACGUGAUGGCCAGUUUCUAUGCGACAUUGAACCAACUUUAUUCCAGGACAUUCAGGCUCUCCAAGAGGAUGGAACAUCAUUGGAUUACCAAGACAGCAACAAAAGCCAGCUUGGUCAGUGCACUGACCACCAGUCAAAGAAGUCUGAGAGCAAUAGGGAAAAUAUCCCUGGAGCUGUCAAAGCUAUAAAUGGGAGGUUUGCUGGUCAAGGAACUCAAAUCACUGGUGCCAUAAAUGCCACUAGUCAGUCAGGAAAACCCAACUUGCGUCAGCCUAGUGCCACAGUGCGUUGCCGCCACCCUACCUUUUAUCGCCAACCCUCUUUCACUUUCUCUUAUCAUGGACGUGUGGGCUUUCAAUGGCGCCAUCGCUAUGCCAACAUGGCUGGGCCAAUCAAAUCAUCACGAAGCCUGAAUGACAUCGACAAAAUAACUAGACGGCAUGAGCGACGGAAGCUGCAGCUGAGUCACAUCGCUGCAUCCAGCAGGAAUGAAGAGGAUGAAGAAAGUGAAGAUGGGGAUGGUGGUACGACGGUCAAACAGCUCUGGUUGUCCAUGCUGAAGAUGCCUCCUCAGCUCUGGCGUCUGUGUGUAUGUCACCUCCUCACCUGGUUCUCCAUGAUCGCACAGGCUGUGUUCUACACUGACUUCAUGGGCCAGGUCAUCUUUGAAGGAGACCCGACUGCUGCUACUAACUCCACUGCCCUGCAGAACUACAGUAAAGGAGUUCAGAUGGGCUGCUGGGGGCUUGUGAUCUAUGCAGCUACAACUGCCCUCUGCUCAGAUGUGCUUCAGAGGAUUCUCAACAACUAUGACCUAAGCAUUAAAAUCAUCUACAUGUUGGGGACUCUAGGCUUCGCUAUCGGAACUGCCGUCAUGGCCAUCUUUCCAAAUGUAUAUGUUGCUAUGGUGAUGAUAAGCACCAUGGGAGUCAUUUCUCUGAGCAUUUCGUACUGCCCUUAUACUCUGCUGGGACAGUACCAUGAAAUUAAAGAGUAUAUUCAUCACAGCCCUGGCAACUCUCAGCGAGGCUUUGGCAUCGACUGCGCCAUCCUGUCGUGUCAGGCGUACAUCGCUCAGAUCUCGGUGGCAUCGGCGCUCGGCGCAGUCAUAGAUGCCGUCGGUACAGUGAGAGUGAUCCCCAUGGUGGCUUCAGGAGGCUCCUUUCUUGCUUUCAUUGCUGCGGCUUUCCUUGUCAUCUACCCCGACACUCCUGAUGACGAAGAUGACAGUGACGAUGAAGAUGAGCAAGGCCCCUGCUCCAUAAUGUCAGAUGCAGCAUUCAAGAACAGUACAGAGAAACUCAGUGUUCUAAAGUCAAUGUCGAGGAACAGUGCUGGCAAGCCAGAGGCUGAAUCCUCAGUUUGAGUGUUAAACCUGGAAAAACUUGAGUUUUAAAAUUACAGAUCCUGGAAUACACAAUAAGUGCACAAGGGUAAGAUGAAAGCCUGCAUUUGCAGCUAAUGUGUGCAGAUUUUCUCCACAGUGCUGAUAUUGUUAGCCUGCUGAUAGAUAGAUAGAUAGAUAGUUUAAGAGGGACACUCUCUACCAUAGAUUCAUACACUCUUUUACAUAUGCUGAAUGUAAUUCUGUAGUUACGGUACAGAGACAAAAAUAUUUGAGUCAAAUGUUUGAUUUUCUGAGAUUGUUUCUCAAGAUAUUUAUUGUUGGUGCCCAGCAUGAACAUUUCUUCAUAUUCUAGAUGAGAGUACACGUUUCACUUUUGAAGAAGUGUUUACCAGUUUACCAUUACUACAAUGAAAACAAUUUCCUUUUGCGGUCAUUUUUCCUUUUCGCAUUGUUUUCCACUUUAAAGUCAACAAAUACAGUACAUUCCAGAUGUAUGUUUGUGCUAAGGCAACCUGGUUCUUGUUUUCUAUGUAGACUGAUAUUGUACUCCUGUUGUAUUAUUGUUGUAUUUCAUUAGUCUCAUCGCAUCAGAAACACUCAGGGGAAAGCUAAACAGCUGUUGCAUCUGAGCAUGACGCUCACUUUUGUAGAGAAUUUAGUAAUGCCCAAUGCCAAAAUGGUUUGUUUGUUUUGUUUUAUGAUUCUAAAGUUUUUGUAAGACAGUUGUUUUGAUAGUUUAAGAAGCUUUGGUUUUCUUGGGAACUCUUAAGGUACAACCAUAAUUUGGUAAAGAAGUGGCUGACCCCCUCAGCUUUGUUGUGUAGCAGUGAUUGGUGAGUAAAAUGAAAAGGUUUGUUUAUCUGUCAUGGCAGCCUUUCGGAUUAUCAGCCUCAAUCUGUCUUAAAGAAUGACACUUUGAAUAGUGGCAGUAUUUUACUCAGCCCAAUUUAUAAUACUGUUCCAGGUGUAGUUUAUAUACAUGAGUAUACAGUACAGUAUAACACAUUCUUUCUCGUUCAAGAAGACAGGCCGAAUGUUUUUACUUAAGUUAGUUACAGAUUCCACUGGCUGAUUCAAAGUCUUAUGUUUAUAAAUGUAACAUUGCAAAAAGUUCAAAUACAGUGCUGAAAAAUUUACAUGUGUGAUUUCCACACAGAAGUCAGUAGUUUGGCUUUGUAUCCUGUAUUGUACAGGAUUUGUGUGUGUGUGGGCGAGUUUGGGUGGUUUACGAGGACGUUUUUUUUUUUAGGUUACAAACUGGUAAUUACAAGGGUAUUAUGCUAUACAUGUGGUUUAUGAGGACAUUUCUAGUGUCCGCAUUCAAAUCGCUUAAACAUACUAAAUGUAAUGAAUGUAAUGAAAUGCAUGAAAAUGUAAAAAUGCAGAGUUUUUUGUGAGGGUUAGGGUUAGGGGAUAGAAUCUAUAGUUCAUACAGUAUAAAAAUCAUUAUGUAUAUGGAGAGUCCUCAUAAGGAUAGCCGCACGUGUGUGUGUGUGUGUGUGUGUGUGUGUGUGUGUGUGUGUGUGUGUUAUAUGGCAUAUGUGGUAGGUACUGCAGUGAUUUUCUUUUUUUUUUUCUUUUAGUGUUCGAACCAAAUUGACAAUUUAUAUGGUACCAUACGUUUAUUUACAUUUUGACUACAAUUUAAAUAAAGAGAAAAGUUUUA